AUGUGUAUUUUCAACAUUCGAAUCAUCAAAAUAAAAGAAAGAUUUCUAGUGAUAUUAAGCAAAAAGAAGGUUGCCUAUCCCAUUGAUGGAGUCCCCUACAAUAGCCCGGCAAAUGGUGUUUUUGCAUUUAUCGGACUUAGUCCUGUAUCUUCACUGGUUAUAGCGGUUUCAAAAGCCAUAGGGGUUGGAUUAUUAACAGCUUGCUCCUGGGACCCUAGAGUUAACGGUCCAUACUUUUUCUCAACUGCAAUCAGCAUUAGCUUGUCCAAUGCUAAGGAUUUCAUUCAAGAUGUGAAAAAACUUGUUGCUUUGCAGCCUAAUGGCUUAUGUGGUGUUGACCUUUAUAUUGGUUUCCUGGCUAGAUAUGUUACUCGUUCAAGUGCUUACUUGGGGAAGGAAGAAGAUUCAAUAGAGUUUGACAUCUCUUACUAUAGAAGCAAGGACCCAAUGGCCCCAAGAAUUUAUGAAGAUAUUCUUGAAGAGAUAGAGCAGAUGGCACUGUUUAAAUAUGGAGGAUUGCCUCAUUGGGGUAAAAAUAGGGACUUGGCUUUCCUUAAUGUGAUUAACAAGUACAAGAAUGCUGGAGAGUUUUUGAAGGUCAAAAAACUAUAUGAUCCUCUGGCGUUGUUCUCCAAUGAGUGGUCAGACCAAAUUCUUGGACUGAAAGAUGGAGUUACCAUAGUAAAGGAGGGUUGUGCACUAGAAGGAUUAUGUAUAUGCUCAGAGGACAGCCAUUGUGCCCCAAAGAAGGGAUACUUUUGUCGACCAGGAAAAGUUUACGAGGAUGCAAGGGUUUGUACUCGGGUUCAUACUCAUUUGUCAUCCUAA